UAAUGGGUAGAAAUGCCUUUGUCUUUGAUCCAUUUUGUUUGUUUGCUUUGACAGUUUGUGCUUUUACCAAACCAAACGUAAUCCAACCAACCCCUGUGAUGGUUACUGAGCUGGGAGGCUCUGUGACUCUCACUUGCCUUUGUCCUAAUGUGUCGGUGACCAGAUUUAAUUGGUUCAAGCAGAGUUUUGGACAGGAACCCCUUCACAUGGCAUCAUCUCUUUAUAUUGGCCAAGAUAAUUAUUAUUCCAACAACUUUAUCAAGGACUUUACCGAGACCAAACAUUUGGGUGUGAGGAGAGGAGACUACAUCUAUAACUUGACCAUAUCCAACACAGAGCCAGGGGACUCAGCUACAUACUAUUGUUCCACUGCAGACAUCUAUGAGCAAACAUUUGGAGAGGGAACUGUAUUAAUUGUCAAAAAUUCCGAGUCCAACAGCAUAUCUGUGCUCCAGCAGCCUGUGUCUGAGUCAGUCCAUCCAGGAGACUCUGUGACUCUGAACUGUACAAUACACACUGAGACCUGUGCAGGAGAACACAGUGUCUAUUGGUUCAGACAUGGCUCAGGAGAAUCCCAUCCAGGAAUAAUUUACACCCAUGGAGACAGGAGUGAUCAGUGUGUGAAGAGCCCUGAGGCUGGGUCUCCUACACAGAGCUGUGUCUACAACCUCCCCAAGAGGAACCUCAGCUUCUCUGAUGCUGGGACUUACUACUGUGCUGUGGCCUCAUGUGGGGAGAUACUCUUCGGGAACGGGACCACGCUGGACAUUGAGGACCAUAGAGCAGAUCCUCUUCUCUUGGUGUCCUGCCUGGGUGUAGUAUUGUGUGUCACGUUCACCUUGAUCAUUGUCCUGGUUUGCAUCAUGUACAAGAUGAACAACACAACAUGUGUGCAGUGCAGAGGACUCGUCUCACAGACCAGAGGUCCUUCAGUUACCAGAUCAGAUGCAGGGGACCACGAUGGAGACAGUCUCCAUUACGUAGCUCUGAAUCUGAGCAACAAGAAGAACAGGUCUAGAAGACAGAGAGGUCACAUGGAGACAGUGGUGUAUGCUGGGAUCAGACAGUAGAACUGGAUGAAUGAAACAAUGAUCCUUUUAUACUAGAUAACUCUUUAUUAACUAGUUCUAGCUUCAUUAACUAUCUUUGAAUGCAUAAGCAGUCAAAUGUGAUGAAAACAGUGGUCAUAGCUUGUUUGUUAUACAAUGUUGAAAUAAUUGAAUGCAUUACUAUUUUUUUUAUUUGAAUAAUAAUAAUAAUAAUAAUAAUUAGGGGUGGUGCUUAUAUUUGUCUUGGUACACAAGUGUGUAAUGAAAAUGUUUUGUGUUGUUGUUGCUAACCCAACUCCCCCUGAGACACCCGCAGGGAGUGGGUUCACAGCCAGGGUCACCAUUGUACAGCACCAUUGGAGCAAUUAGGGUUAAGUGCCUUGCUCAAGGGCACCUUUACAGAUUGUUAUUAUUUGUAUUUAUUUGUUGUGCCUAUUUUAGCAACAGUAAAAUAGUUGCUUGACGUACAGAAAAAUAAAGUGUUUCCAACUGUUUGAAUUUGA